UUUACGUCAGUUAGCCAACUGGUUUGGCUAAUUUUGCAGUUCUGAACUUUUUGAACGACCUGAUUUUUGUUUUUACAAUUUCACUCUAUUUUCUUAGAGCGAAUAGCUAACUUCAAUUAUUCCAUCAUGUUGCAGUUUUUGGCUGGCUUCACGUUGGGGAAUAUUGUGGGGAUGUACCUCGCUCAAAAUUAUGAAGUUCCCAACAUAGCCAAGAAAAUUGAAGCUUUCAAGAAGGACGUGGAGGCCAAGAAGAAGCCACCAGAGUGAACAAAGUGGGACCAUGUUACAAGAUCAGACUUAUUUUAAAGAGAAACUAUUUAAAUGUUCUGAACUAUAUUUUGUUUUAUUUAUGGUGUAUGCAUUUACAAAUGGGAUUAUGAGCGACAAUCAGAUGAAAAUGUAAACGAUGCCAUGAAUAGCAUUUGUAUCCAUUCUUAGGAAUCAAUCUAAACACCUUCAAAUUGUUUUUUUGUUUUUUUUAUCAAAAGUAAAAUGGGCAAAGAGUUGAUAAAGUAUAGUAACACUCGUGGGAUCAAGUCGGAGUUCUGUUUGAUGGACUUUGUUUGCAACUCAAGAUAUUAAGUUAAAUAAAUUG